UUUAGACCGGAAAAGACUUGUAUUAGUUCUUUUCACUUCAGCCUCUAUUUGGCAACUAACCUGUGUAAGCUUCUGUCGUAAUUAUUUUGUUAAAACACACGUUUUUAAAAUUGUUUUAUGUAAUUAAACAUGUUUUCAGACAAAUAUGUUCUAUGUAAUUAAAUUUAAAGUGUAAAGAAAUAUAAUUAAUGUUCCAUUAUUGAGUAUUAGAAUUAAUUGUAUAUGUCAACCUGUUAUCGAUAACCUUAAUGCAUUGCAUGCACGUGGUUUGCUGUUGGUUAACUCCGGAUGCUAAAACUUCUUUUUAUAAACAAAUAUAUAGAAACUUCAAAAUAAAAUGAAAUUGGAUCCCUUCAUUUAAUGUAAUGGGUACGUUAAAUAUUUAUAUUUGGUGAUUUAAAUUAUCUACUGCAUCAGAAGACAGUAAGUUCAGUUCAAAAAUCUUUUUUCAGGUUUGAUGUGCUUUUUUAAAACUGGGCUUUUCUUUUUUCUUUAUUUACAAUAUAUAUUUUUUAAAAAUUGCUUUAAAUAUGUCUUUUAAAUUUCAGCUUGAAUAUCAAAUAUCUAGACAAUUUAUAAAAAAGAAACAUUUUAAUGAUUUAAUGUAUGAAAAGAAUCAGAAUAUGUAAGCUGAGUUUGUAGGUACUUGGGUAAAAUUUUCAAAAUGAAUUUAUAGCUUUAAGAGCUAGUUGGUUAGAUAGGGCCUGAAAAUGCAAUUCAUUGCUACCAGAUUUAUGUUCGUAGGUCAAUUCUAAAGAAAGUUAUGAUUUUUUUCGUGAAUUAUUUAGGGAUAACUCUGUUAAUUGAGACAUAUAGGAAAAAUAUAAAAGUGACUAAAAUAAAAAUUGGGAAGAGAGUUAGGAGAGAUGUUAAAAAAGAGCAGUAAAUUGAAGUUAUUUAAUGAAGAAAACCAUAACAAACCAUAUAAAUCCGUGAUCGUCGUAACAUCCAAACAGAUAAUAAAUUAAUAUAAUAAAUUCUACGGUACGCAAGAUAAGCUCAUUAAUAUUCAAAAUGGCCGUACAAUUUCCAUGUGUCAUAUUUGAAUAUGAACAUAACAUGAACAAUUUUCUUCAAAAUAUAGGGUCAUGUAUAUCAAAUUGUUCGUAUUAAAAAGGGGAAAAAUAAGUAGCACAUGGACGAGUGAACCAAUGUGUCCAUUAAGAAAUUUAAUUUAUUUUAUAUCUCCGAUAGCAAAUCAAUAUCCGAUAUUAAAUGUACUAUAUGUAUAUUAUAGUAGGAGUUUUUUUUGCAUAUGGGCGGGGUAUCUUUCAAUUCUAUCUUCUGUUUGCUAAGUGUAGCAUUAGCUUUUCAUAGAAUCCCUACACUUAAAAAAGAAUUGUGCUGCUUCAACUAUUGCCUACAAAUUGCUUAUAUGAUUAACAUUAUGAAGUCAAUGUCAUUGGAUAGGCCGUUAAAAAAAUAAACAAAAGUAUUUUUGUGUGUGUGAAUCAUUUCAAAGUAUCAAUUCAUCUAAAUAAUAAACAAAUCUUAAUUUUAAGUCUAUUAUGAAGAUAAAAUAAACUUUUCUUCUUAUUUCCAUGCUACAAAUGUGUCAGGUAGCUUAGACCAAACUCCCUAAUAGGCCUAUUAUAUGGGAGUGGAAGUUUCACUAUUUAAAUAAAGAAAUACAAUUAAAUAUCUAUUCAUAUGUCUUCUUUGUUAAUAAUAUUAACCUCAAAUAACUUAAAAUAGUGCUUUUAACAUUGUUUAUUAUUCAGAUUACUUAAGAUUUAAAAAUGAUUUGCUGAGGUGGAUUCGGCCAUCUUGAAAAUGAUAUCCAGGGAGGAAACAACCAUGUGGUGACUGAAAAUUUAAUAAAAUCGUUAGGGUAGGUUGGGGGGACUUUUAAUUUGUUCAUUCUUGUAGAUAAUUGGAUGCUCUAAACUGUGGUUAUCAUGAAAUUGAGUCUGGUGGAGUCUCUGCGAAAUAUUAAAUAGUACACUUAGCUUAAUUUAACUUGAUAUAUAUUUUUGUUUUUCAAACGUGAUUGAAAAUCUGAAGACACUGUAUUAUUCAGCUUCCAAUUCUCUUUAAAAUGAUAUAUCACACUACCUAUUAAAUAGAGAAACAACCACAAAACACAUUUUUUUCCAAUGCAUAUGCAAUGUUUAUAUUAUAUUUUGAAGUGGACAAAAAGUUGAACAAGGGGCACGUAACUCUGCAAAUAUUUGACACUAGCAGAAAACUGGUUUACCCAAGUACCUAGAGUUUGACAUAACCAGGGUAAUAAUGAAAAUGAGGGCAAGGGAAUAAGUCGAAUAAGUGAUAAGAGUGGGCAAUGGGGCUGGUGACAUACUUUCUGUUUGUGCGCAUCCACAUAUUUUCUACAUUCUUUUUGUAGACACGCAUGUUUCACUCUCCACUGCCUACGAUGGUAUUUUCAGUAAAAUUUUAUUACAUAAUUUGACACAAUUAAAAUAUUGUCCGAUUGCCAUGAAUGAUACAUCAUUUUAAAGGGCUAGCUAUAAUUAUAAAUGUGUAAAUGCAGACAGAUGUAGCCAUGACAUUGUAUCACAUGGCCGCCAUCUUGGUUGCCGCAACCCGUGAACUUUGACUGGUUCAUGGGUUGCCUCAACCAAGAAAAAUAAAUAAUAAAACAUCCUAAACCUAACCUGGGUAUUGUCCCUAACCCGAACCCUGAAUCUAACUCAAAUCCUAAAACUAGCCCUAAAGCCGCAAGUAAAAAAAACACAUGGCAUUUUCACACUGGCAAGAAAACUAUGAAAAUUAACAAAAACAAUUUUUAAAAUGGCCACAUAUUAUUAUAAAAUAAAGAAAUAAUGAAUACCCAACUUACAGUUUCAUAUCAUACACUUUUACACACUUUGGUUCAGGUUUCACCGAAAAGAAUACCCAUAAAAUGAAUAAAACAAUGCAUGUCUAUGGCCCCAAUUAGUUUCAAAGAUGGCGGAACAACUAAAAUAUUAUUAUUAAUCAACCAAUGAAAUUUUAACAUAUAAUUAAUUAACCAAUAAAAAUGUAAUCAAAACAUGGCAUUGUCAUAUUAAGGAAAGUGUAACUCUUAUUAACAAAAAAAUAAGUUGAGUGUCAUCCUAAAUCUCUUUGCAUUACCCUAGAAAUGGGCUUCUUUUUAUUUUGUUGCAAUUUGACCUUAAGUAAUUGUAAUUUUUAUAAUGUUUUGUGAAGUAAAAUGUAGUUUUUAAAAUAUUUUGGGAUACUUAUCGGUCAGGCUGAUGAUGUGUUACAUUGUAUAUAGAUUUAGAGCAGACCUGUUCAUUCUUAUGAUUUUGAGGUGUAUACACGUUUGAACGAUUUUGUGAUAUGGUACGAUUUUAAGAGUAUGAGGGUAAACAGGUCUGAUAGAGAUUCUCCCAUAUCAACUUCCGUCAUCUGUGUGGUAUUUUUAUUUAUUUAUUUAGGCAUUUUUUAAAAAAUUCUUUUUUUUUAGCGCUUACCUUACAGCUCUAAGCGCUUUACAGCAUGGUAUAUUAUGCAUAGGCAGCUUCUCCUAUCCAAAAUCAGCCUAAAUAGAGAGGAAGAGAGUCCUACCACAAAUGUUUGCAGAACAUCAUAUCAAUCUUCAUUUAACUUCAGUUUUUCAUUUAAUAAACUUUACUUUAUUUAGUAGAACUUUUAACUUUUUAGGUCUAGUACUUCUCUCAUCAUUCUUAUCUCUAUUUUGUUUUGUAGGUGUCGUUACCCUCUAAACACUAAAGAUGUCCGGAGGUCUAGAAGUGCUCAACCUCAAGGAAGAGGAUAUGCUAAAGUUCCUUGCAGCUGGUGUGCAUUUGGGGUCAACUAAUGUUGAUUUUCAGAUGCUUCAGUAUGUUUUCAAAAGGAAACCUGAUGGUAACUGUUUGGAAUUCUGUAUUGUGUAAAUAAGUGAUAUGCCUAAUUAUGCUCUUUGGGAUUUAACAUGCAAGAGAGCGGGUCUAUAGAAUUUAGGCCCUACUUUUUUUUUCGAAAUUUUAACAGCAUAAGUGCUGGGCAGUGAUGCAUUAGUCUUGUACUCAUUGGGAUAUCUAGAGAUCGGGUAUAUUAUUUUAUUUUUUGUGUGGUUAAAAUAAGAAUUUCCUUGCAUUUAUAUUAUGGCUUAGAACACAAGUUCCCAAUCAUUGAAUUGGAACCCUCAAAUGAGAUUAGGAAGGAUUUUGUGAAGACUUGUUGGCAAAAACAUUACUGCACAGACCUGUUACCUCUUACAAAUUUUGCUUACAAAAAAUGUUUUUGAGAUAUCUUUUAUGAUUGUACGCAGAGACCCGUCAGAACUAUGAUUUUAAGAGACGGGAUUGAAAAUAUAUAAGUUCCUGUAGUUUUUUUUCCUUGGUUAUUUAAAAAAAGCUGAAAAGUAAAUUUUCGCUUGUUACUUUAAACUCACAUUUGCAUUCUACAUCCAGCAGUGAACGUAUCAAAUAAUGCUAUUGGUUUGGGGCCAUCUAUAAGUAUGUCACGCUUGCCCUAAGAAGGGAAUGGAGUAAUAUUGAAUUAGAGAUUUUCCAAAGAACGUGGGGGGGGGGGGGGGGGGUUGAUCUAAAUAUUUAAAUCUAUAAAAUUAACACAGCAACAUUUUCAUUGUGAUUGGGGGCUUGGUAGAAAGUACAUCUUCUUUCUUAUGCCUUUUUACCCCACAAGAAUUUUCCAUUCAUCAUUGGUCCUGUGCGUUCCUUUUCAGUUGCUUUCAGGUGUAUCCCAUAUUUUGCGUGUCUGAAUCUAGCUUGUGUCUCAGUGUAUUCUUUGGCCUUCCUCUCUUUCUUUAUCCCUGUGGAUUUCAUGUUAGAGACUGUCUGGUGAUGCUAUCGUGGGGUUUUCAGAGUGUUACCUAUCCAUCUUCUCUUAUGAUGUAUUGGAGUAAGUCCUUUCUAUUAGGUAUUUUGCCAUUUGAUAUGUUCAGGAUCUGUUUGGUUCUGGUAGGGUAAUUUGCUGAAUCCAUGUACUGGCAUAUGUGCAAUGGUUGGGGAAGUGAUCUUUCCAAGGCAUGUAUUUAUGAAGGUCUGUACUUUCUGCGUAAUGCUCGCUGUUGUUUUCCAAGUUUCAGCCCCAUACAGUGGAACUGUUUAGACAUUAGUGUUAGAGAUUCUGACUUUGGUUUGCAGCUUCAGCUCCUUCUACUCCCAUAUUUUCUUUAAUAGCACAAAUGCUGAUCUGGCUUUUCCAAUUCUGGCACCUUAAUGUCGAUGGUGCUGCCAAAGUAUGUGAAGGGUUUCAUUUCUUCCAGUGGCGCUCCUGCCAGAGAGAUAAGCUCUUGGUUGGCUGAGUUUACCUUCAUGAUCUUCGUCUUGCUUUCAUUUAUAUCGAGUCUGAGCUGCGAGAAAGUACAUACAUUAUUUUAAAUUUUCGACAAUAUUCAUCCUGUAAGUCCAGAAACUGCAUAUUUAUAUGUCGUAUGCUGUUAAAAGGUCUCGCAAUGUUUAUAGCAUCAUGGUCAAAAUUGUGCCUUAUAUUUUCACAAAUGAACUUGCUAGAUAUGCUUAGAUAGUUGUAGAGGUAUUACAGUAAUAUUUAGUCCACCAUAUGUACCGUUAUUUUCUAUAGCUUGAGCAUAUAGCAUAGUUUUUAACUCUGUUGACAAUAUUUUUAAACUUUAACUUUGUGUUUUAAAAACUUAAGUUUAGGGUAGAGAAUUAGACAAGUAUUUUUAUGAUUUAUUUUUUUCCCAACUUAUAACCUAUUAUUUCUUAGAAAUGAAGUUUAGUAUUUACUAGUUGGUUUUAGCUUUGUUGUCAAGGCUGAAACCAAAAUUGUUAUCUUAAUCCAACCAUUUUUUUGCUUUCCCUUCAGGAAUUUACAUUGUAAAUUUGAAGAAGACUUGGGAAAAGCUGCUUCUUGCAGCGCGUGCUAUUGCAGCCAUUGAAAACCCAGCUGACAUCUGUGUCAUUUCUGCACGUCCAUAUGGUCAAAGGGCUGUGCUCAAAUUUGCUUCCUCAACUGGGUCCACUCCUAUUGCUGGUCGCUUCACACCUGGUACUUUUACCAAUCAGAUCCAGGUAAACUGUUCAAGAGGGGGCUGUAUGUUUCCUAAUAUCGACCUUAUAUUUAUUUUAACUUAGCUUUAAUCGCUGUGUUUUUUUUUCUUAUUUGAUUGUUAAUAGGUUCUAAAUGAUUAUGGCAUACAAUGUGCGAUUUUGAGAUGCCUGUUACGUUUGUGCGCCGAGACCAAUCAUACCUACAAUUUUAAGAGACUGGAUUGAGAAUAUUUCAAUUCCUGUAGUUUUCCGAUUCAAAUGAAAAUAAUUAAUUUAAAAUUACAUUUUCGGUUGUUAGUUUUAACUAACAUUUGCAUUCUACAUCCGGCUAUGAAUAGGUACCCCAAACCAAAUUUUCAAACUAAACCAAUAACAUUUUUGAGUGUUUAAGAUGCAAGAUCUAAGAAUUCUAAGCAUGUGGACAUUUAAUUUAUGACCAUUAUUAAGAAAGUUAUGCUAUUUUAAAUUUUUUUCCUCAGGUUACCUUUUAUGAAAUGACAAAGACCCAUAUUCAUGAGUCAUUAUCUUAAAAUGUAUGUCACCUGCACUCAUUUCCUUUACAAUAUUUACACAAUACUAUACAGAGAACAAACACAAUUUUUUUCAAGAGUAUGGGAAAUCAAACUUUUGUAAUUUAUUGUCGUAAAGAUGGUAUUUUGUAAAAUUUUCAAAUUUUACCAAGGGAGGCAAAAAAUCACAAAAAUUACCUAUUUUUAAAAAUUCACCAAAAAUGUUGUAAUUUACUCAUAAACAUCAUUGAUAUAUCAAUUUAAAAGAGAAUCAAAGAUCUAUACAAGUAUGCAAACAAGAAGUACUUUAGCCCAACACAUAUUUGACAAAUAGCGAAAUGGUCAAGGGGUGGUAAUUUAUUUCACACUUUUUACACAUUUUUAAAAUUAUAAAAAAAAUAAUAAAUAGCAUACUAUAUGUAUGAAAUCUCUUAUAAAGUGAAGAUAAUAGUAGUCUUCAUAUAAAAUAAGCAUACCUGACACCAUAAAAUAACCAUAGAAUAAUUUAAACAUUUGACAAAAGUAGUGUACAAAAAUGUUAUUUUUUUAAAUUUUCUUUUUCGAAGCUUGACUUAAAAUCCAAAGGACACAAUAUAAAACAAGAUAAUAUAUAUUUUACAACUCUUUGAUUUAACAUUAGGAAAUACACUAGAAAAAAAUGUGCAAAUUCGUAACUACAGACUGGAUGGGUACAUCACUUUAAAAAAUCAAUUUACAUACCGGCAUUACUUUCUUCUGAAAAUGCAUUUUGAGUAAAUUAGAUAUAUGGAUAAUAUCAUCACUUAAUUUUAAGUUAUUAGAUUUAGUAAUAAGCUUCAUUAGAAUAGAAAAAUAAUAUCAAUGCCACCAUUCAAAAAGUACCGGUAAUUCAAUGUAGAUUUGUCUGUAGAUUUUAAAAAACAACCUUUGUAAAAAUCAAUAAAACAGACAUUUAGUACUCCCUCUGACUUAACUGACUGUGCUGUUGACACUUCAAGUGUAAAGUUGAUUAAUCUCUUUGUUACUCCAAAAGAAGACUCAUGAAAUCUAUACUGGGUAUCCAAAGUUUGGCUUAGGAAAACUGUCAUGUUCAAAUCUUUGUGGUCAAUCAAUUCCCUCAGAACUUUUUCAACCAUGGGUCAGAUCUUAAAUCCUUCUUGGAUUUGAGCAAACCAGGAUUCCAGCUAAAAUAGGAAUUAAAAACGAAAUGCAUGAACAUAUUUAGUUUUGAACAAGGAUACUAUUACUUUAAAAUUAAAUAGUUGCAAUAAGAAGUUAGUGUUAUGAUCUUAACUUUUUACUGCCUUUAAUAUCCCUACGCAACAAAACUCACCAUACCAUAAAGCUCAACACCAUGAACCAACUUCACAACCUACAACUCACAAAACAUUCUUCCCCUAUCAAACAUUCAGGCUUCUAAUUCUACAUCUAGUUUAAAAACAGUAAGUACCUGCUCCCAUGACAUGAUGUGUAAUUUGCUUCACAACAGAAGCAAUGGUAACGGCAACAGUGUGUUGUCUAUAAUAAGAUGGGGCAAAGCUAUCUUCUUCCUAUUCCAUUAGCCAGGAAUGUUUUUGUAAGGCAUCAUACAGUUCACCAGCCAGCUAUAGAAUAUAGAAUACACACAAUUUAUAAGUUGAAACAUUUUGACAGCUUUUUUCCUUCAAAUUUCAAUUUAAUUAAAUAUUGCUAGUGUGGACAUGACAUUAUAUAUAUAUGUAUAUAUAUAUUAUAAAUAUAUAUUUAUAUAUAUAACAAACUUAAAAUGUUAAAUUAUAUAUAUUAAAGUUAGUUAUAAUAAGCAAUCUUCAUUUAUUACUCUUAAGUCUUAGAGCACCACCACUCAACUUUUCAUUUUGAAAUUGUUUUCAUUACCAACGCAAAAAAAAUGUCACGUGACCCUUUCUUAAACUUAAAUUGCACGUAGUAACACAAUAUUUUUAUAAAAAAUAUUCAAAAAUAAUAAUAAUUUGAAGUAUCAUCUACAACUUAAAGUAUUAUUUUGUUUGAUAAAAUAACGAGGAAAAAAUAGAUUCAAAUUUAAAGAUGGGUGGGGUCAAUUUACUUCAUGGUGCUGAAAUGGCCGUAAAAUUCGCGAAGUGGGGGUAAACACAAAAGUCAGUAAAAUAAUAAUAAUAUUGCAAACAUACAUGCAAAAAGCAUAUGAACGGAAUUUUAAACCAAUAAUACACCAUAUUAUUUAGGUUUUACAUACCUGCUAAGCGUAGAAGAUCCGAUAAAGCGCAAUUUUCUGUAUCGACUGUCGAGUGAGUCGGCCAUUUUUUGAGCUUCAGUCCAUGCCGCGAUAGAUCGGUAAAAGGAAAAUUUAGAGGUUCUGUUUGGGAAAUUGCUGCGGUCUCGCGAUACUUCAUAUUUUACCAUUGUUUUCGUAUUUUUAUGUAGAAAUGGACCAGCAAUCUGCCCAUAUAAAUUAAAUAGCUGAAUUGGUCUUAAAUCCUAUAGAAAUCUCAGAAAAUUAUCAUUUUUUUACAUUUCUAGUGUAUUAAAUACAACUUUAUAAAUACUAGCUUAAAGGUUAUUCACUGCUGCAUGCAUUAGACACAAUUCUGAGGUCAUUCUAUAAAUAGCGGCAAAGCUAAACGCGAUUGCCACCGAGGGGGGUAAAAACGAUCUUUUAAAAUACCGCUAAAACUCGAUGCGGUGAUGUUUUUCAAACCACAAAAAAAAUUAUUUUACUAACACCAAUAGAAAAACAAACAUCAUAUUCUUAAAGUGCUUGAAUCGAUCUUUUAAAUGGUAUCAUUUUUAUUAGUAUGCAUGUUACAAUUGUAAGAAAAUAUGUUGAUGGAAGUUGUCUAAAAUGUAAAAAAAAACACUGCUUCUCAGCGGUUUGGAGUACCUACUAUGAAUGGUUCGAAAAAUACGAUUGGUUGGUGACAUCUAUAUUUUUAUUACGUUUGCCCUGAAAGGGAAAUGGAGUGGUGUUGAUUUUGUGUAUGGGUGUGUGAAGGGGGCGGGGGUCUAAAUAAAUAGUAAAUAUUAGUCUAUGAAAUUGACAUGGUGAUGGUCAUAUUGUUGCAUUGUUAUUUCGUAAUGAACUCGCUAGACACAGCUAUAGUAAUUUUAGCUAAGUUGCCUUAUUGGCAAUUUUAGUAAAUCUGGGGCCAUCCUUAUAGCGCCUACGUCACUCACUAUUGAGAGUAGUGUGUCGAUUUUAAAGAUUUUCUUAUGCAUGUGUAGACUUAUUGGGGGGGGGGGGGCCCUCGGCGGAAAGGAAAUAAGUUUUUUAAAAAUUCGACAAUAUUUAUCCUAAAAUCCAAAAAAUUUUUUUUUUUCCCAAAGUAGUGUGUCGAUUUUAAAGAUUUUCUUAUGCAUGUGUAGACUUAUUGGGGGGGGGGGGCGCUCAGCAGAAAGUACAUAAGUUAUUUAAAAAUUCGACAAUAUUUAUCCUGAAAGUCCAAAAAUUAUUUUUUUUCCCAAACAUUAUUUAAAUCUCAAAUGUUGUGAAAAUAUCAAAGUUUUGUAGGAAUUAUCAUCAUAAUGCUGCCUUGUGUUGUCACAAAUGAACUCGCUAGAUAUUGCUUAAACAUUGCUCAGUAUUAGCAGUAUUAAAGUAAUUUUUCGUCCACCCUCUGUUCAACCUACUUGUGACAUAUUUUGUUGGGCUACGCCAGUGAUUCUAAAGUUUUCAUUUCCUGGCACGUAUGCCACAUUCAGGUUUUCACCAGGUCCUGUUUUAAUUCUUACAAGAACAAUUCGAAAUAGCGAAUGCAUAAAAAAAAGGGUUUGGUAAAGUAAAUAUAUGGCAUAUUUUGGUAACUAAGACUAAGCACCCCAAGAAACUGCAAUCAUUAUUCAAGUGGAAUUAAAAUUCUGAAAAUAUGUGUAAUAUUUCGCAACGCCCCUGUGAGCAAGCAGCUGAGUACGAGGGUAAACAGGUCUGUUUUUGUAGUUAUUGAGGGAUGUGCGCGUGUUUUUUUUUAAUAGGUAAUUAAAGGUUAAUUCUGUAACUGCCUGUGAACUUUGUUUAUACCUGUAAUAGCAAAUUAACAAUUUCUUUUCUAGGCAGCUUUCCGUGAACCUCGUUUGUUGGUGGUUACUGAUCCCCGUAUUGAUCACCAGCCUGUAACUGAGGCCUCUUAUGUCAAUAUCCCUGUUAUUGCUUUCUGCAAUACUGACUCACCUCUGCUGCAUGUGGAUAUUUCUAUUCCAUGCAAUAACAAAGUAAGUUUAUGAUUUCAUCACUUUUUUUCCCAGCUUACAGUGUAAAAUAUAUUGGUUGGCGUGAAUGCACUUCAAGAAUAGAGCUGAUUUUAUAAAUGCAUCAAGACCCUUUUGUUUUUGUUGCAUAUGGAAGUGAAGUUAUGAAUAUAGUCAUUGAAUUUUAAGCUGAUGAUACUUGUGUGGUGUUGUUUCCCUUUAGCUAAGAAUUCAAGUGGUUAUGAAAGGUUAAUGAUUGAAGCUAAGUAGAAGUGAUUCCAAUUUGUGUUUUGAUAUAGUGUAUGUUGAGUUUCAAAUAAGUUUUAAAUAACGAUGUCUUAACAAAAAGUGAUAAAUUUACUUUCAGGGUCCCCAAUCCAUUGGGUUGAUGUGGUGGCUCUUAGCUCGUGAAGUACUGCGUCUUCGUGGUACAAUCUCUCGUGACCACAACUGGGAAAUAAUGCCUGAUCUCUUUUUUUACCGCGACCCAGAAGAGGUUGAGAAAGAAGAGAAGGAAGCUUUGGAAAGAGCUAAGGAAGAGAUCCCUGUACCUCAACAAGAUUGGAACCCAGAUGCUGGUAAAGAAAAAUAACAUUUAUGUGUUUCUAAAUGUCUUGUUCUUGUUUUAUUGAGCUCAAAGGAGCCGUGAUUCAAAAGUUUAGUCAGAAUCAAAAAUUUUUAAAACAUGUUACUAGUGAUGGGACGAUAAUCGAAAUAUCUGGAUUUUUCCAAAGUAUCAGGAAUCGGAGCUGAAUAAUUCAGACCCGUUUCCGAUACCAAAAUGAUUCUUAACUGAUUAACUGCCUUGUAAGCUGGUGACAGCGCAAAGUUUGUUUCGCGUUAUAAUCAUUUUGUUCCGAAAUUUUUAAUUACCGGCAGGAAGUUUAUUUCAAACCACAUGUUAUCAGCAAAAUGUAAACAAUCUUUAAAAAUUUUGGUAUCGUCCCAUCACUACAUGCUACACUUAUUAUUAGAUUAUUUUAGUUUUAUAAAUUUUUAUAUCCAUUUGUUUAUUUUGGGAUGUUGAAUUGUGUGACAUAAGCCAGGUCGGUUUAACAAUGACAUUUCCAGCUGUCAUAGAAAUUGGGUCUUGCCUGUCCACAAGUUGUUAUAAUUCUAACAUGGACCAGACAUGAAAAGAAACUGGUCAUUGAUUUGUACUGGUGUGUCAAAGAAUUUAGAUGUUAAUUUUAUUAAUUUGUAAUUUUUUCCAUACCAAUAAUUUAAAGUGCAUUGUCAGAUUGUCUUUUCAUUUAGAUGGUACACAGCUUGUAAUUUGUGAAAUGUGUUCACGAUAUAUAUGAUAUAAAUAGCCUUUGUAUUUACUUCUUAUCUUGUUCAGGUAUUGUGGGAUCAGCCGAUGUCGGUGACUGGGCUGCAGAGGCGGUCAGUGUACCUACCGUGCCCCUAAGUGCAGCUACUUUCCCUCCUGCAACAGAGGAUAGCUGGGCUGUUCCCAAAAUGGAGGACUGGUCAGCUGAACCACCAGCACCCGCUGCCCCUGUUGAAGGUGGUGCCAGUUGGGGUGGCAGUGCCCCCGAUGAGAGCUGGAACUAAAGGCCCACUGAAGCUUUACCAGUAAAGUUGGAACUCUGUCAAUAUCAUCACACGUUGUUUGUAAUAUUACAAUUGUAUGGAAACGUUUAUGGAAUAAAUGUGAUGAACUUCA